UAGCCUGUCAGCUCUCCACCACCAAAACCUUCUUUCAAUACAAAAUCUUUCUCGUCAAGUUGCAGCUUCUUGAACUGCGAAUUCUAUUGUUUUGUGGUGUAUAUGAAACACUUAGCAAGUGGCACCAUGCUUGCAGAGCGUAGAGGUCUUAGCCGACCAAAGCUUGGUGCUCUCUUGCACUACGACCCUGCAAUCUUUGUCUUUCACAACCAUGAAGAUGAUGACUCCAACCAUAAGGGUACUCUCAGUCCAGCAUCUCUUGCAAGCCCUAGAGAUCAUAAUAUCAACUCACCCACAAGUGGUGAGGUAGACUCUCCUUAUCCGAUGUCUCCAUGGAGCCAGCUAUCUCCUUAUGCUAAAUCUCCGUGGCUAAUACCAUCUCCAAUAAUCAACCAUAAUCUCGGGAAUCAUGGCCUUAUUGGAUCCAUCGUACGCGAAGAUGGUCAUGUCUAUUCUUUAGCUGCUUGUGGUGACUUGCUGUACACUGGCUCAGACAGCAAGAACAUACGCGUAUGGAGGAAUAUGAAGGAGUUCGCGGGUUUCAAAUCCAAUAGUGGCUUAGUUAAGGCCAUUGUUUUAUUAGGGGACAAGAUUUUCUCCGGUCAUCAAGAUGGGAAGAUCAGAAUCUGGAAGACAUCUCCCAAAAACCCUAGUGUCCACAAACGAAUUGGCAGCUUACCUACUUUUAAAGAAUCCAUUAAAAAAUCAUUCAACCCCCAAAACUACGUAGAAGCACGUAGACACCGCAAUGUUCUACGCAUCAAGCAUUUCGAUGCUGUGUCUUGCCUGAGUUUGAACGAAGAGCAAGGUUUAUUAUACUCAGGAUCGUGGGAUAAAACAUUGAAAGUCUGGCGGAUUUCAGAUUAUAAGUGCAUGGAAUCUAUCAAAGCACACGACGACGCGAUAAAUUCAGUGGCGGCGGGGUUCGAUUCAUUAGUAUUUACAGGUUCGGCGGAUGGAACGAUUAAAGUAUGGAGGAGGGAGAUGGAAGGAAGAGGAACCAAGCAUUUCUUGGUGCAGACACUGAUACAACAAGAAAACGCUGUGACAGCCUUGGCAAUAAAUCAAGAAUCCUCCGUGCUCUACUGUGGUUCCUCCGACGGGUUGGUGACAUUCUGGGAAUAUGAAAAGCACUUAUCGCACGGCGGCGUCCUCCGGGGCCAUAAAACGGCUGUCCUGUGUUUGACAACAGCCGGUAAUUUGGUGUUCAGUGGAUCCGCCGAUAAAAGCAUAUGUGUAUGGAGGAGAGAGCCAGGUGGGGCACACAUAUGCUUGUCGGUUUUAACAGGUCACAGUGGGCCAGUGAAGUGCUUAGCCGUUGAAGAGGAUCAAGAUUCCGAUAAGGGAGAUCAACGGUGGAUAUUAUACAGCGGGAGCUUAGACAAAUCCAUUAGAGUGUGGCGCGUGUCAGAGGAAGCUUACCAGUACAAAUACAACUACCAUUACCAAUCACCCAAGUCCCAGGCCAAGCCACUAUGCCUCACCGCCGACCACCAACAAAGGUCAUAAUAGAGGUUCAAAACGCGAGGUGAAUGGACGUGAAGAUCACGCGGAGCCACAGGAAGAGCCUAGUGAUUGAGUAAGGUGGGUCCUAUACGACUGGUGAAUAAUGAAACAGGACCACCACUUGAUUGUAAGAUAUUGCCAAGAGUAGCAUUACUUUGAAAAUGGGUUUCCUCUUGUAAGAAGCAACGUGGACAUUAUCUUGUGUGUCUUCUUACCAAAAUGUAUAAUUUGUUGGUUUUUGGACACUAAGCAAAAUUUAGGAGGACGCUCAGGAGCGAAGUUCCUUAUUAUAGUCUAUAGGAAGAUCUAUGGUAAAUCAACAACCAACCAAAAAUAGCUAUCCUUGUUUGGUGUGAAAGUUUGUUUUGUACAUUUUUUUUCUUGUGGGCUUGCAUUAUUGUUGAGAAGUGUACAAAUUUUCUAUAAUAAUAUGCCAUUAAUUUCAGUUAAUUAA